AUGGAGAGGAAGGGGAUGGUGAGAGAAGUUGCAGAAAGCUGUGUGGAGAGUUUGAUGGCGGAGAUAGUGUCGUCCUACUGCAAGGGCGUCUAUGCUAAUAAGCCCGACCUCGCCGCCCCUAGGAUCGAAGCCAUCGGCUUCCAGGUCGGCCACCGACUUUCCGAGAGGUACACAAUGGAUCGACCAAGGUUCACGGAUCACCUGGAAGCUAUUAAGUUUAUCUGCAAGGACUUUUGGUCCGAUCUUUUCAAGAAGCAGAUUGAUAACUUAAAGACAAACCAUAGAGGUACUUUUGUAUUACAAGAUAAUCGGUUCCGCUGGCUUGCGCAUAUGUCGGUUGAUCCAUCAUUGGUAACAUCCGGUUCUGUUCAAGAUCCUUCGGCAAUGGCAGAAAACGAGGCUGCACAAGCAACUGGCUUGCAUCUCUACUUUCCUUGUGGCAUCAUAAGGGGGGCACUUUCAAACUUGGGAAUACCAUGUGCAGUUUCUGCAGAUAUCUCCAACCUCCCUGCAUGUUCUUUUGUGGUCCGCAUCAAAGCCUGA